GCGGACGGGAACGUGAAGCAGUAUGAUUAUUCUUGCAUUAAUAUUUUUCUGCCUGUCUUCUUCUUUAGGAAUCACGGACGAUAGCAAAGUUGAAGUAGAAAAAGAUGUAAUAGUCCCGCCCCGGGCUGAACCACAGACCAGUGGACGUAGUAAAAUAGCCCCACUUGGAGGAAAACAUUCAAUCAAUGCAAAAUGUGAACCGAUAACUAUAGAGCUGUGUACUAAUAUGGAGUACAACAUGACAAUAAUGCCCAACUUACUAGGUCAUUCUAAACAGGAGGAAGCAGGAAUGGAAGCUCGAGCAUUCUUUCCUUUGGUAAAGGUCCAGUGCUCCAAACAUCUCCAUAUUUUUCUAUGUACAGUGUACGCUCCUGUCUGCACAAUAUUGGAUGAGCCGCUUCCUCCUUGCAGGUCACUUUGCCGAGCUGCACAGAACGGAUGCGAAGAACUUAUGAACAAAUUUGGGUUUAAAUGGCCGGCAAACCUAGAUUGUGAUAAGUUCCCGCGAGACAGCAAGGAGAAACUUUGUGUGAUGGGUGAUACAGGAGACCUUCCGCUAGACUCCUAUGAUUCUGGAUAUAAACCUGCACCUACACGCUCUCCAGCCUACCUCCCUAACUAUCCUGGAGCUGGAAUGCAGUUUGUGUGUCCUGCACAUCUUGAGGUUCCCUCGGAGCGGGAGUAUAAACUGUAUAUAGGAGAUCAAAUGGUUGAAGAUUGUGGAGCUCCUUGUUCUAAAAUGUUCUUCACAGAAGAGCAGCAAUGGUUCUCGAGAUACUGGGUUGGUUGCUGGGCUUGUCUGUGUCUUGCAUCAACUCUUUUUACGGUUCUCUCCUUUCUCGCAGACGUGUCAAGGUUUGGAUAUCCUGAGCGCCCAAUUAUAUACUUAUCUGCAUGUUUCGCCAUGGUUGCCGUAGCAUUUGUUAUUGGUUUUGCUCUUGGGGACGAAAUAUCCUGUGACGAACAACCUGAUUCGUCCCGGCCAAAUCUGCUGAAAGAACGUACGAUUCGGCAGGGAUUCCUGCAAGAUUGGAGAUGUACAAUUCUCUUUAUGAUCAUUUACUUUUUCUUCAUGGCAGGCAGUUUAUGGUGGGUAAUGUUAACAAUAGGAUGGUUCCUCUCCGCAUCACUCAAGUGGGGUCAGGAGGCAAUAGAUUCCCAGUCCCAGUGGUUCCAUUUUGUAGCCUGGGGAGUACCUGCUAUCAUGACAAUUGUUGUCCAGAUAAUACAGAAAGUUGAAGGGGAUAUUCUGACUGGAACCUGCUUUGUUGGUCUCUGGGACGUGUGGAGUAUGCGUUGGCUCGUUCUCACUCCUCUAGUUAUUUACAUAUCUAUGGGAUCUAUUUUUCUACUUCUAGGACUAUUUUCUCUGAUAAAGAUUCGAACUGUGAUGAAACAGGACGGAGGCAAGACUGAUAAGUUGGAGAAAUUGAUUCUGAGGAUAGGAGUGUUUUCUGUACUCUACACGGUCCCGGCUUGUAUAAUCAUAGCUUGUUUGUUCUACGAGCAGUACUAUUUCUCCUCGUGGAUGUUGCAGUGGCAGGAUUCUAUCUGCAGAGAUCCCAAGUAUCGCGCAUGGCAAAUUCCUUGUCCUCCGCGAACCGGAGACUUUUCUGCCGAUAUUCCUAGACCUGACUUCACUGUUUACAUGAUAAAGUAUCUCAUGAUUCUUAUCAUCGGUAUUUUCUCUGGAGUCUGGGUUUGGACCGAGAAAACUGUUCAAACAUGGACAAACCUGUUCAGAAGACUGUUUGGAUUAAAUAGAGGCCAGGCUUAUGUUUAACUCGUCCUUCUACGGACUGGAACAAGACAAGAGACCAACAGUCUCAUUCACAGUAGGGUCGUCAGUUCCAGUCUUAAUAUUAAUUGAUUACCCUUAUAGCUAAUUUGUUCACCAAGUUCAAGUAUCUUCAUCUUGGGCUUAAAACGUUCUUAAGUAUUUGUAAAUGUUGUAAUCUCACUUCCUUUUUGUUAUUUGUAACUUACUACCAGUGUGUUUUUUGUUGUAGUAAACAUGAUUAUAUUUUUUUCAUGAUUUGAAAAAUUAUUUUUCACUAAGCCAAUUCACAAAUACUGUACAAAGAAAAGUUUUAGAUUUCAAACGUAACUUUUAGCUUUAAACUUUAAGAGUAACAAAAAAGUUGUUGUUAAAUCAUGGAAUUUUUAACUUCUCUCAAACGAUUAUUUGAACUUAAUUUUAAGAGGCUUCAGAAAAAGAAUCUUCAUAUUUCCAUAACUUCUAAUCAGUGUUAUAGAUUUAACAAAAUUUGGGUCAACCAAACUUCCAAGAUCAAUAUUAAGUUCUGUUUAAACAAAUUCAAAGUGUAAACAGUAAACACUUUAAGAAAAAAAACUUAACAAUUUUAAGAAUUCAUUGCUUAAAACUCCUAAAUUUACUAUUGAGUUCAUAAUUUCAUUAAAAUGUGAUUGAAAAUAUCAUUUCAGAAUUAUGUUUUUGCUCAGAUAUGGAAAAAUCAUUUGUUUUUAUUUACUUAGUUUUUAAUCGAAUUUGAACUUCAUUCCGUUUAUUGUUCUACGUAAAUUCAAAGCCCAUAAAAA